AUGGCUGAGGGCUUGAAAUUUUUGGCUAUGACGACAUUCCUCACAAGGACGAGAACGAUCUUCCGGCUAUCUGAGGUGAUAUCACGCUAUGUGGAGAAGACAGUAGACCAAAUCUGCUGUACAACAGCCCAAAGCUUCUCGACUGACUCGGCCGCCAAAGCGAAAUUCAUAGUCGUUCUCUCCAAUUCCGUUCGUAAAUUGGACACUCUCUUCAACAGCUUCGACGCCGACAGAAAACACCAGCCAGGGGUUAUCCGAAAACAGAGGGGAAAAAGUAUGUUGGGGCUUAUAAGGCAAAGAGCAGCCUGCAAAGGCAGUCUUGCUUCGAGUUUGGAACAAGGAAUUCGGUCGAUUGCGUUAAGGGCCUUUUCUUCCUCUGCCAAGGAGAUGACAGUGCGUGAUGCUUUAAAUUCAGCACUUGAUGAAGAAAUGUCCGCUGAUCCCAAAGUCUUUCUAAUGGGGGAAGAGGUCGGUGAGUAUCAGGGUGCUUACAAGAUCUCCAAAGGGCUGCUGAACAAAUAUGGUCCUGAGAGGGUCCGCGAUACACCUAUCACUGAGGCUGGAUUUGCUGGAAUUGGAGUUGGUGCUGCUUAUUAUGGAUUGAAACCUGUGGUAGAGUUUAUGACUUUUAACUUCUCCAUGCAGGCAAUUGAUCACAUCAUAAAUUCUGCUGCAAAAUCAAAUUACAUGUCUGCUGGUCAGAUAUCGGUACCUAUUGUUUUCAGAGGGCCAAAUGGUGCUGCUGCUGGUGUGGGUGCUCAACAUUCUCAGUGCUAUGCAGCAUGGUACGGCGCCAUUCCAGGAUUAAAAGUACUGGCCCCUUAUUCUUCAGAAGAUGCUCGUGGGCUUCUUAAAGCUGCUAUUAGGGAUCCAGACCCUGUUGUCUUCCUUGAAAAUGAAUUGCUAUAUGGUGAGUCUUUUCCGGUCUCGGCAGAAGUUCUUGAUUCUAGUUUCUGUCUACCUAUUGGGAAAGCUAAGAUAGAGCGUGAGGGAAAGGAUGUAACAAUAACUGCCUUCUCGAAGAUGGUCGGCUAUGCCCUUCAGGCUGCCGAUAUUCUCGCAAAAGAAGGGAUUAGCGCUGAGGUGAUAAAUCUUCGCUCCAUUCGCCCUCUUGACCGAGCUGCAAUAAAUGCAUCUCUUAGGAAAACAAAUAGGCUUGUGACUGUUGAAGAAGGAUUUCCUCAACACGGUGUUGGUGCUGAGAUCUGUGCAACUGUUGUGGAAGAUAGCUUUGAAUAUCUUGAUGCCCCUGUUGAGAGGAUUGCAGGGGCUGAUGUUCCCAUGCCUUAUGCUGCAAAUCUUGAAAGAUUGGCUGUUCCUCAGGUUGAAGAUAUUGUUCGUGCGGCAAAGAGGACCUGCUACAGGUCACGUUAA